AUGUGUCGGCGCGAGGCAGACACCGCCGACUCCAACAUGGACAUCUCCAAGGGCCGCGAGGUCCUGCCCAAGAACGUCAAGCCAUUACACUACAACGUCACCCUCGAGCCCAACUUCGAGACGUUCAAGUACGAUGGCACCGUCGAGAUCGAGCUGGAUGUUGUCAAGGACACUACUUCUAUAUCGCUGAAUGCGUUGGAGAUUGAUAUCAAGGAGACGAAGAUCACGUCGGGCUCGAAUGUGAUUUCUUCUUCGCCGACGCUUUCGCAUGAUGAGGAUUCGCAGACGACGAAGAUUGAGUUCAAUCAGACAAUUCCUGCUGGCUCCAAGGCGACGCUCACGCACAAGUUUGUAGGUUCGCUGAAUGAUAACAUGGCCGGGUUCUAUCGCUCUUCGUACAAGGCAAAGGAUGGAGGCGAGGGCUGGAUUGCUACAACUCAGAUGGAACCUACCGACUGCCGCCGUGCAUUCCCAUGCUUCGACGAGCCCGCAUUGAAAGCCACUUUCACUGUCACCCUGAUUGCCGACGACAAGAUGACUUGCUUGAGCAAUAUGGACGUCGCCGGUGAGAAGCAGGUCGAUUCUGCAUAUGGAGGCAAGCGAAAGGCGGUCACCUUCAACAAGACUCCACUCAUGUCCACCUACCUCGUUGCCUUCAUCGUCGGUGAGCUGCAGGUGCUCGAGAGCAAGAACUUCCGUGUCCCUGUCCGUGUCUUCUGCACUCCCGACAAGGACAUCAGCCAUGGCAAGUUCUCCGUCGAGCUGGCUGCUCAGACCUUGGCGUUCUACGAGAAGCAGUUCGCCAGCGAGUUCCCUCUACCAAAGAUGGACAUGGUCGCCAUUCCGGACUUCUCAGCGGGAGCUAUGGAGAACUGGGGUCUAGUCACGUACCGUGUGGUUGACUUGCUGCUUGAUGAGAACAAUGUCAGUGCUUCGACUAAGCAGCGUGUUGCUGAAGUCGUGCAGCACGAACUUGCUCACCAAUGGUUCGGCAACCUCGUCACUAUGGACUUCUGGGACGGACUCUGGCUCAACGAGGGCUUCGCUACCUGGAUGUCGUGGUACAGCUGCAAUGUCUUCUAUCCUGAGUGGAAGGUGUGGGAGGGAUACGUCACGGACAACCUGCAGUCUGCUCUCGGUCUCGACUCGCUCAGAAGCUCUCAUCCAAUCGAGGUUCCUGUCAAGCGCGCGGACGAGAUCAACCAAAUCUUCGACGCCAUCUCGUACUCCAAAGGCUCCUGUGUGCUGCGCAUGAUUUCGAAGUAUCUUGGCGAGGAUAUCUUUUUGGAGGGUAUCAGACGGUACCUGAAGAAGCACGCCUAUGGCAACACCACCACCGGCGACCUCUGGGCUUCCUUGAGCGAUGCGAGUGGAAAGGAUGUUGAGCGUGUUGCGGACAUCUGGACAAAGAAUGUGGGAUUCCCUGUCGUUACUGUCACUGAAGAUGCAAAGAACAGCACGAUCCACGUCAAGCAGAACCGAUUCCUUCGCACUGCAGAUGUCAAGCCUGAGGAGGACAAGACUCUUUUCCCGGUCUUCCUUGGUCUGCGCACCAAGAACGGUAUUGACGAGAGCCUUACUCUCAACAAGCGCGAGGACGACUUUAAGGUGCCGGACCUGGAUUUCUUUAAGCUGAACGCCGAUCACUCUGGUAUCUAUCGUACUUUGUACGCUGCUGAGCGGUUACAGAAGCUGGGACAGAAUGCCAAGGCUGGUCUGCUUAGUGUAGAGGAUCGUGCCGGUAUGAUUGCGGACGCUGGUGCGCUGUCGGCUGCUGGCUACCAAAAGACGGACGGUCUGCUAUCGCUCCUCAAGAGCUUCGAUACCGAGCCUGACUUUGUUGUCUGGGAUGAGAUCACUGCCAGAGUUGGCGCUGUCCGCGCGGCAUGGACGUUCGAAGACAACAAGAUCAAGGACGCUCUCAAGGCCUUCCAACGCGACCUCGUCAGCCACAAGUCUCACCAAGUAGGAUGGGAAUUCAGCGACAAGGACGGUCACAUUGAGCAGCAGUUCAAGGCCCUCCUCUUCGGCACUGCAGCAUCUGCGGGCGAUGAGAAGACCAAGAAGGCAGCUUUCGAAAUGUUCGAGAAGUUCGUCUCAGGCGACCGCGCCGCCCUACAUCCCAACCUCCGAGGCAGCGUCUACGCCGUUGUCUUGCAAUACGGCGGUAAGAAAGAAUACGACGCCCUCGUCAAAGAAUACGAGACCGCCAACUCCAGCGACGAACGCAACGCGGCCCUGCGCUCCCUCGGCCGCGCCCGCGACCCUGAACUCAUCCAACGCACCCUCGCCUACUCCCUCAACAAGCACGUCAAAGAACAAGACAUCUACCUGCCCCUCGCCGGCCUGCGCGCCCACCGCGAAGGCAUCGAGGCGUUCUGGGCGUGGAUGAAGGAGAACUGGGACACGCUCAAGCAGAAGAUGCCGCCGAGCUUCACGCUGUUGGGCAGUGUGGUGAGCAUGGCGACGAGCAGCUUCACCAAGGAGAAGCAGUUGAAGGAUGUGGAGGCGUUCUUUGAGGGGAAGAGCACCAAGGGCUUCGAUCGGAAUCUGGCGCAGAGUUUUGAUGCGGUGAGGGCGAAGAUUGGGUGGUUGGAGCGUGAUGCGGGGGAUGUGGAGAGGUGGUUGAGGGAGGAGAAGUACCUUUAG